AUGCAAUGCCUCGUACUGCCACUUACUACAUUUUUUGCUUCGACCAUUCUAAGCCGUCCAUUUGACGAGAUCAGAUUUGCUUACCCCUUUCUCCAAUUUCCACUUCCACACUUUUUUUCUCUUCUUCCCAGAAAAUUUGGGAAAGGAAAGAAAAGCUUCAGAUAUUUAUUGUCGCUUGAAAAAUCCGAAACCCUAUUUCCAAUUCCGCAGGCCGCCAAACCGCUGAAAUCAAAAGGAUUAUUAAUGGAGAAGGAGAUUAAUAUCGUCAAUGAUGGGGCGUCGGGGGACGAUCAGACCCCGGAGGAUUUUUAUGAUGUUGACCAGCGGGAGAAUGACGCAAAGGUCGCGGAGCUCAAUCAGAGAAUUGAAGUUUUGGAGCGUGAAAAGAAAAAGUUGGUUGACGAGAAUGAACAAAUUAAAGAUAGGAUUGAAAGAUUGUCAGCGGAGAUUGAAGGAUUGAAGAGUGAAGAGGGGACCCUAAAAGAACGACUGAAAGAAAUGGAGAAACAAGUUGAACGCGCUGAAGAGGGAAAUAAGGUAUUAGAGUCUGUUGCUGCAAGGGCACUGGAGCUUGAGACUGAAGUCGCCAGGCUACAACAUGAUUUGAUAUCUACGAUGAAUGGAGCCGAUGAGGCGAAUACUGAAGUUGAAAGGUUGAGGAAAAGUUUGGGCGAAAAAGGAGCCAACGUUACAGCUAUGGAGGAAGAGCUGGAAGCCCUGAAGAAAGCAAAGGCAGAGAGUGAAAAGAAAGUCAGAGAAUUGGAGAGAAAAGUUGGUGUUUUGGAGGUCAAGGAGAUAGAGGAGAAGAGUAAAAAAGUUAGGGUGGAGGAGGAAAUGAGAGACAGAAUCGAGGAGAAGGAGACAGAAAUCUCCAGUUUUAAGAAAACUAUCAUGGAUUUGGAAUCAGUGAUAACGAAGAACGGGCUGGAAUUAGAUAGGUGGAUCAAGGAUAAACUUAAGGUGGAAGAGUUGUUGAAAGAGUCCGAGGAGAAAACGAAAAUGGUAGAGUCGAAAAUGGUUCAGUUGCAGAAGGAAGUUGAGGAAGCACACAAAGUCAUUUGUGGGUUAAAGGAGAAAGCAGUGAAUGCUUUGAAUGGAACUGCAGAGGAACUCAAGUCGGCAUUUGAAGGUGCGGAGAAGGAGUUGAACUUGAACUGGCCUAUAAUUGCAGGUUCGACUGGAGUUGUUGCUGCAAUAGCUGCACUGGCCUUUGUUUUAUAUGGAAGGCAAAGAUGAAUCAUGACGCCAAGAAGCCAGAUAUUUGAGAUGGAGACUUGACUCAGAAUAUAGCCAAAAGGGUAGGAUUCAUGAACUGCAAAUCUGUUUCAGUUUUGUUAGAUAUGUUUGUUUAUUUGGUGUUUUCCAAGCCAAUGAAUACUGGUUGGCGCUAAAUUUUUGCUUCUAAUGUUGUUAUGAAGCUAAGUCUUGUUUGUUAAUUAAUUUAGUUGAUAUAUUUUGAGGAAUCACUGCAGUAAAGUUUAAUCCCACUGUUAUAGAUGAUUUUUCCAGACAAAAUAUUUCAGCUAUACUUGAUUUUGACCUUGGGUUGAUUGAA